AUGAAAUACACCGUGGACUUCAUGAACAAAGGUUUCAAGCCCAACACCCGCGGCGACGUCAUCCAAGACUCCUUUACGACUCUGGAUGAGUUACUCACUGAACUACCCGAGUCGAUCGGCUUCAACGUCGAGGUCAAAUACCCACGACUCCACGAAGCCGCCGAGGCGGGCGUUGGUCCGAUCGCCAUUGAGAUCAACACGUUCGUGGACAAGAUACUAGAGCGUGUUUUCCGCUCCGAGACAAAUACCCACCGCGAUAUCAUCCUCUCUUCCUUCACACCUGAAGUGUGCAUUCUACUUGCGCUGAAGCAGCGCAAGUACCCAGUUAUGUUCAUUACAAAUGCCGGCAAGCCACCGAUGACGGACAUGGAGAUGAGAGCCAGCAGUUUACAAGCUGCCGUACGCUUCGCAAAACAAUGGAGCCUUGCUGGCAUUGUCUUUGCGUCGGAGACACUCAUAAUGUGCCCGAGGCUGAUUUCAUACGUGAAGAGAUCUGGGCUGGUCUGUGGCUCUUAUGGGCUUUUGAACAAUGUCCCGGAGAACGCAAAGAUACAAGCAUCAGCUGGGAUUGAUAUUAUCAUGGCCGAUAGAGUUGGUCUCAUUGCUAAGGCAUUAAAGGAUGUGAUUCGGUGA